AUGGUUAAUCAAAUUCCUGUGCCUCAGGCCAAGUAUGAAUUGUUAACAGACGUUCGACAACCUCGUUGGAAGACACAAGUGCUGUGCUUGGUAUUAAUAUCAUUAGUACUAGGGAUUCUUUUUGUAAUACGUGCCUGGAUAGGAAUUCUUAUUCUUAGCUCUCCAGAAUCAGAAACCGUAGAUACAGAGACAUUGUUCGAGGCAUUCGACAAUGCCAAGAUUGCUACGUGGUUACGUCGGGCUCGGAUGUACGCCGAGUCGACGAAGGAGAACCAGAAUGCGGACAGGAACAACAGCAUCAGUUCGUCACAGCAGCUCUACACCAACUCCACAAGGCAGAUCAUUGUCUGUUAUUACACCAUAUCGAGGGACCUGAACACGCUCGGGGAGCUCAAUCCGUCGCACAUUGACCCUAAUCUUUGUACGCAUAUUAUCGUGGGUUUUGCGAGUGUGGUGAACUGCAGUCUCGAUUUAGGCAAGGGUUCAUCCAUCUACAAGGAUGUUGUUGCCUUGAAGAAACUGCAGCCUGAAUUAAGGGUCAUGAUUAGCAUUGGCGGCAGUAAUGAGCUCCACUUGGGUUUCUCGGAAAUGGUAAAGAAUCACACUAAUAGAAAAACGUUUAUAAAGUCCGUAUUAAAUGUGACAAAGUCAUUCGGUUUUGAUGGCUUAGAUUUAGAUUGGGAAUUUCCAGCAUGGCUUGGAGCUGACGAUCGUGAAAAGAUUCAGUUCGUGCAGCUUCUAGAAGAAUUAAAAAUAGAAUUUCAACGGGCCAAAGUAACAUUAAUACUUUCUGUUGCUGUAGCUGCCCCCCAAGUCAUUGUCGAUCAGAGCUAUUAUGUUUCAGAAAUGGCAAAAUACGUGGAUUUUGUGAAUCUUAUGUCCUACGAUUACCAUUCUUAUGUCUGGUAUUACCCAGUCACUGGGCUCAAUGCACCCCUAUUUCCGCGCUCGGCUGAAUCUGGAUAUCUUUCUACGUUGAAUGUUAAUUUCUCAGCUCACUAUUGGCUCGCGAAAGGCAUGCCGAAAGAAAAAUUAAUUAUUGGGAUUCCUACUUAUGGUCACAGCUAUGAGCUGGAUAAUUCGUUGAAUCAUGGUUUGCUUGCUCCAGCAAAUGGAUUUGGAAAAUUGGGUGACAUGGGUUUCGUUUCCUAUUAUACAGUAUGUCAGUUCUUUCAAAAUGGUGCAAACAGUGUUUUCGAAAAUGAGAGUAAAGUUCCAUAUGCUUACAAAGACAAAACAUGGAUAUCAUACGACGAUAUUAGAAGUAUUUAUUAUAAGGCUGAGUGGAUUCGUGCAAACAAUUUCGGAGGUGCAAUGAUAUUGUCUUUGAACACUGACGACUGGAACAACACGUGUAAAUUGAACGAAACCUUUCCUUUAACUCGUAUGAUUACCAGAACCCUCAGGUAUCAGGAAGUUUAAUGCAUUUAAUAAUAUAUUUUUCAAUGAUUAUAAUUUACAUUCCUGA